UCGAAUUCGAUUUUCAUUCUGUUCGUUUUCAUUUCUUUGUAUUCUUUCUCUGUUUGUUAUCAUUAUCCUGUCCGUUGCAUACAUUCGUAAGCGUCCACAAAAAUUGUAAAAAAAUCUCCCAAAAAAAAUUAUGGAUGUCACGAAUAAAAUUCAGCAUAAUUAAAAAAAAAUACUAUCGAUAAUAAUUCAAUUGUUACAGAUAAUCGUCAUGAUAUCCAAUCUUUAUCUACUGUUCAUUCUCCAAAAGUACCAUCGGUAAAUAAUCAGCAAGUUCAAAUUGAUCUUCGAGCGCAGUAUGAACAUGAGAAAGAUACUCUUACUGGAUUAAAUCAACGUCUUUAA